AUGGAUGCCAAGGCCGGUUCCCGCAUCCACUUCCGCUCAACCAAGUUCAUCCACCGUGCCAUUGCGAGAACCGCCCUACAAAGCUCGCUUGACAGUGCCCCAAUGGCUCCAAGAUUGCGCAGUGCGCUCGCAAAGGGCUUGUCGCGUCCGCUUGAUGGCAGCGCUGUCUUUUACUGCCCUUCGUGCGCGAUCUGGCGACGAACCUUGUCCGCGCGCACCUACACCAGUCGCAGCAUUGACAAAUCCGCCCCAUCCCAACGGACCGCCAGAAGCCAAAACAUAAUCGCAGCGUCGGCCCCCCGAGCGUUUACUACAUCCUCCAUCAUCACUGCAAAGAGCGUGCCGCCGCGGUUCAAGGAGCUGCAUGCCGCACUCGAGGAAGUGAAGGAUGCCGCCCUGGAACAGGUGAACCUCAGUCGUUUGCAAUUCGCACUGCGGGGAUUGGAAUCUGAAACGCCUCUUAUUAGAGUAGCUGUACUUGGAUUGAACGAUGCCAUCUCUGCACGAAAGCUUGUUCGACUACUACUUGCCGACCCAUUGGCACCCCGGGAAGGCUGGGAAGACAUUCUCGACUCAUACGAUGCCGAUUCAUCCAGAGGACUGCUGAUCAGGUAUGGACAAACCAUCUGUCUGCGGUGUCAGCCCUCCUCGACUAGUACUCAUUUGAAGGAUUUAAUCUCUAGAUAUGGCGAAAUCUCACAAACCAUCCCCAACGACCUGCUACCAACGAUAUCAGUGCCAUCGCCCAUCCUGAGGAACGGCAACUUGGAGAUCCUAGUCAGCACCCUAGGCUCUGAGCCUGAUCACCCCGCCGCUACGUUACACGCCGACACUUUCCUCGUCCCGACAGUUACCAUCCAGACUUCGCACUCCGGUCGGCAUAAUUUUGUUCGGUAUCCAGUGCACCGCACGAUCGUAUGCGGGCGUGGGGUAGAUGGCCUGCUAUCGUAUAGCACGAUGAUAGGUCGGGCAGACCUCAAGAACGAGGCCGCUUCGGUUCGCGGAGCUAUUGAACUUGCAGUGGCAGACCAGAAAUCCACAAAUGAGCGACUGUCCCUGGUAGAUGUCGACCGUGCCAGCACAGCACUGGAUAAAUUCCGGGAAUCCGUCCACAAUGCUUCCGACUACGAACGUGGGUGGAAUGGGAGUGGCGUGCAACCUCUCAUUGAUUGGCUUGCAAGCUUCUCGGAACCAUCUACUGCAAAUGCAUUGAAUCCGGCAUUGGUUCCUCUGGUGGAGUCUCUUGUUGACGCGGCCGACGCUAGUGUAAUCGCCAGAGACGCCAAGGCGCUCCAUGAUCAAACUUCGGGCGUAGCCCCUGAAGAGGUUCGGUCCAACUUGGACCGGGCCGUGACUAGCUGGGCAGAGCGUGCUCACUCUGAGCUCCGUAGUUCCCUCGAUGCAGGGCUGGCGAGUCCACGCUGGCGCGGUCUUUCAUGGUGGAAACUUUUCUGGCGCGUUGAUGAUGUGAGCAUGGUUACAUCUGAGAUCUUGGAAAGGAAGUUCCUUCGCCGGGCAGAGCAGGAGGUCAUUUGGACCGUGGGAAAGUACCAGCAGGCCGGCCUGUUGGAAGAGUCUCCGUCUUCAAUCGCUGACUCUCCAAAUAACUCCGCUAUGCCUCCAUGGCCAACCCAGAUCCCCGACCUUCGCACCAAACUCCUCACCAGCACGGUACCCUCCCUUCAAGCCCUCGCCCAGAGUCUGGUGCUUUUCAGCGUGUCCACUACGACUCUCACUUCGGCUCUUUCUGCCCUAACCUAUGUGGCCAUUCCAUCAGCCGGGGUGUACGAGUCAUGUACGCUUGCCGCCGUGGGUUUGAUUUACUCUAUGCGUCGCCAGCAGAAGAGGUGGGAUGUCGCCCGUACUUUCUGGGAGGAGGAAGUCCGCGAGGAAGGUCGCACCUCGCUGCUGGAAACUGAAGUUGCUCUUCGUACUAUUGUGCGGGAGGGCGGCAAGACUGUUGAGGAGCUACCUGACACUCGCGCACGCAACUCCGUCACAAGAGCAAGAAAGGCCUUGGAAAACGUGGUGUAA